CCACCAAGCCCAAAACCCCACACGCACUCUCACCAAUCCAUGGCGCCACCGCGCUGAACCCCCCCAACCGCCGGCCCGCCCUCCGCUCCCCGCGCUCCAUGGCGCUCUCCGAGCUCCCGCUCCACCACUCCUUCCGCCUCUCGUCCCGCCCCAACAUCCACCGCCUCCUCCCGCUCCGCCUCCUCUCCUCCUCCCCGGCCUCCCGCCACGUCUCCUCCUCCUCCUCGUCCGCCGCCGCGGCCUCCUCCCCUUCAUCCACCGGCGGCAAUCGCACUUCCCCACCCUCCACCAGCACGGGGGCGCCGUGGCUGCAGAAGUGGGCGCCCUCCGACCCCUCCCGCCCGGUCCCACCUCCGGCUCCCGUCCCGUCCCCGACCACGUCCAUCGACCGCAUCGUGCACCGGCUCCGCAACCUCGGCCUCGCCUCCGACGACGACGACCCCUCCUCCGUCUCCGCUGCCACGGCCGCCGCGGCGCCCCCCGACGGCACCGAGCGCCUCGGCGACCUGCUCGACCGCAGCUGGGCGCGGCCCGACCGCCAGUUCGCGGCCGCCAGCUUCGACGAUGCCGUCCUCCCGUGGGAGAGAGACGACGAGCCCAUGGGGUCGGCAAGGGAUGAGGAGGACGGGGUCAAGAGGAGGCGGGUCAAGGCGCCCACGCUGGCCGAGCUCACCAUCGAGGACGAGGAGCUGCGCCGGCUGCGCAGGCUCGGGAUGACGCUUCGCGACCGCAUCACCGUGCCCAAGGCGGGAGUCACCACGGCCGUCACGGAGAAGAUCCAUGACGCCUGGAGGAAGUCGGAGCUGGUCCGCCUCAAGUUCCACGAGGACCUCGCGCACGACAUGAAGACUGCUCAUGAGCUCGUUGAGCGACGCACAGGCGGAUUUAUCAUAUGGAGGUCUGGAAGUGUAAUGGUGGUUUACCGAGGGAGCAAUUACAAAAGACCUCUGAAAUCUCAAGCUCUAAAUGGUGCCUCAUCACCAGUGAAGGGGGGAGAUGGUGCACUGUUCAUCCCAGAUGCCUCCAGCCCUGUUGAGAAUGAUAAUCAGAGCAAGGAUUUGGCUGGGCAGCAUGCAAACGUGUCCCAAUUGAACACACAGAAUACUGAAGAUAUGACAGAGGAAGAGCUGGAGUUCAAUCAGAUGCUUGAUGAGCUGGGUCCUCGUUUUGUGGAUUGGUGGGGAACAGGUAUUUUACCAGUGGAUGCCGACUUGCUGCCUCAAACGAUCCCUGGUUAUAAAACACCAUAUAGAGUUCUUCCGACUGGAAUGCGUUCGACCCUUACUAACGCAGAGCUGACUAACUUGCGAAAGUUAGCGAGGAACCUUCCAUGCCAUUUUGCUCUAGGGAGGAACCGAAAUCAUCAAGGUUUGGCAGCAGCAAUUGUUAAGCUUUGGGAGAAGAGUUUGGUGGUGAAAAUAGCUGUCAAACGUGGAAUACAAAACACAAAUAAUAAAAUAAUGGCUGAAGAAAUAAAGAAUCUAACAGGGGGUACCUUGCUUCUUCGAAAUAAAUUUUACAUUGUAAUAUAUCGUGGAAAAGACUUCCUCCCAACAUCUGUGGCAGCUGUGUUGGCUGAAAGAGAGGAGUUGACAAAGGAUAUUCAGAAUAUGGAGGAGCAGAGAAGAAACAUUUUGAUUGCACAACCUCCGGAUGAUGGCUUCGAUGGGCAUGCUCUUGUGGGUACUCUUGCUGAGUUUCAGGAGGCCCAAGCUCGUUGGGGAAGAGAAGUAACUGCUAAGGAGCAAGAAGAAAUGAAAGAAGCUUCUUCUAGAACAGAAAAGCAAAAGCUUUACAGGAAACUCGAACACAAGCUUUACAUUGCUCAGGCAAAAAUACAUAGAGCAGAGCGCUUACUAUCAAAGAUUGAAGCUUCUAUGGUACUUGCCGAUCCAUGUGAUGAUCAAGAAAUGAUUACUGAUGAGGAAAAGUCUGUUUUCCGUAGGAUUGGUUUACGGCUUAAGGCAUAUUUGCCACUUGGAGUUCGUGGCGUUUUUGAUGGUGUAAUUGAAAAUAUGCACUUGCAUUGGAAGCACAGGGAAGUUGUCAAAUUAAUUUCAAAGCAGAAGACUUUGUCAUUCGUUGAAGAGACGGCACGACUUCUUGCAUAUGAGAGUGGUGGUAUACUAGUUGCAAUUGAAAGAGUUCCAAAGGGUUAUGCACUCAUUUUUUACCGUGGAAAGAACUAUAGGAGGCCUAUUAACAUAAGGCCAAGAAACCUCUUAACAAAAGCUAAGGCAUUGAAACGUGCAGUUGCUAUGCAACGUCAUGAGGCCCUUAGUCAGCAUAUAGAUCAACUGGAAAGCAAUAUCAAGCAGAUGAAGUUGGAUCUGGGUAUUGAGGACUAUGAGGAACAAGAUGAGGAUAGCUCAGAUUCAGAAAACGAAUAUGGCAUGGCAGUCGCCUCUGCUAGCUAUGAUGAGGAUCAAGACGAUUUUGAUGAAUCAGCUGAUGAAGAUGAUGAUUAUGAUGAUGACGUUGAAGAUGAAGAGAUUGACAGCUAGUGAUUUGGAAUUGUUUCUUGUGAUGUGCAGUUCUGAUUUCUGAAUUAAUGAUUCUCUGGACGUGAUACUACUGUCUCUGGGACAUUCAUGGACACAAGUUUGGUGAUGGACCUUCAUGACCGGUAUGCAGCAUCUGUUAUGCCUGUGUUCCGUUCGUUCUUGGAAUCUGGCCUAGAAGUGUCCGUGCUGAUCUGGGAAACUGUCGCACGAUGUAAUUUAUGAGAUCGCCCUGCAUGCUUACAGCAUCCUCUUCUUUUCUUUUCGUUCUGCCUUCCUAUUUUGUGACUACAUAACUUAGAGGGCUUAGGAGGUGUUUUCCUUUCCCCAUUCUGCUCCAGAAAAUAUACCUGGACGCGAAUUGUGUAACUCAUUCUUGGCCAAAUACACUAGAACAAGAUAAAUUUGGCCUCUUGUUUAGUUGGCAAAUUUUUCUAGUUUUGUAGCACUUUCGUUUGUAUUUGAUAAUUAUUGUUCAAUCAUGGACUAAUUAGGUUCAACA